AUGGACUUCCUAACCUCACACCGCGCCCUCCGUCCCAGGAGCAUGGUGGUGAAUUUGCGCAUGACCAUCGACAUCAAGAAGAGCUUGCCCCUCUUCGACACGGGCCAUACGAUUAGGCAAUCAAAAGGGAAGCUGAUCAAGAUGAAUGUUCCCACUGCGCUGCGGUGUAUGAAAGUAAACGGGCGGCUGUCUGAGGUCGAAUUCCUCAUCGACAACUCGGCAGCCACGGAUGGGGUGGAGCAGGACGUGCCGAAUGAUCACCUCCCUAUGGCGGAGAUCCAACUUGUCAGCCGGAGUGGUCUAUCACUUAUUGACUAUGACGCGGCCCAUUCGAGUCCUCGGGUACGUCCCGACAUCCAACAGGCGGUGACUGUUAUCGCGCCAGCAUUUCUUGCCUGUCGGGCAUGGCAAUCGGGCUUCCUCCCGUUGUUCGAAAACGGCACGUUCGAAAAGGGCACAUCCCUGGGCUUAAUGCGAAAUAGACACCGUUCCGACCAGAAGCAAAUCGCCGGGGAGGACAGUGGAGAGAUAAUUUCUCGCGUUGAUGGGGAUAGCCUCAUGCGGUACUGGCUUGGUGGCACGAUCGUGGAGUUGCUCGACGAAACGGUACAACCCUCGUCUUGGAUCGAUCCCUUUACGCUCUCUGCUCAACGAGGCGAUGACCUUAAAGAUAUUGCGUCCAGCAUAGCAAGCCAUCGAAGUGAGCAUCUGCUCCAUAAGACUGUGAUGGUUGACUCGAUCGAGGACGAGAACGGCGUGGCAGAGUCAUCUGCCAAGGCUACUAACAGCUCAUUUGAAUCUGCCUGGAAGACUGAGGAGACCGGACACAAAGAACCGCAGAGUGUGAUGAAUCUGCAAAGGCGGCUGGAAGACGCUCGCCUGGUGUGCAGUACCGGUCAUGAUGCUCCUGGCCCGUCCAAAGGCUACAAUGCACCUUCCAAUGACGGGAGCCUGAGCGACGAAAUCGAAAUGCGCACCCUUCAUCAGAGGUUUGGUAUCAGUUCGAAGGCUCGCGAAAACAUGGCUUCAAUCUCUCCAAGUUACUCCGAGUCUCCCACCCGUUCGGAGCUGAUCGGUGGAAUCGCAUCACCGAGCUCGAACUCAGAGCUCGAAGGAUGCUGGAUGGUUUCACGGAGGUCAGUCUCGUUGGGUGAAGACUACCACGUCGACUCAAGUGCCGCAUGUUCGACAGCGGACAGCUCUGGGCAAGGCCAGGGGGAAGAAGAGGCCCAGGAACCACCAAUGCUACAUGUCCGAACACCGUACGAAGGACUUUCAGCGGAGAAGCAUGAUGUCUACACGGAUGUCGUGGUUGAAGGUGUGCCAGCCAAGUUGAGCAAGUCCCUAGAGACAACAAAGGACCAGCUCAGUAGAUCAUUCGUACUGGACAGAGUGGAAUCUGAAGUUAAAUUUGGAAAUUGCGGUACGUUCCUUCCCGUCGGUGAAAAUGCCGAGUUGCGCACUUGGGCCAAAAAAGCGGCUAAAAAGGCGAGGAAGGAGUCGAAAAAGAGGAAGCGAGAAGCCAGGACCAAAGCAGGGUGUGAGGAUGUCGGCACCGGCCAGAGCAUCGGUAAUGUCUCUCAGGCGCCAGGACAAGUCGUCCCUACAAAUGAGCUCAAACUCCCCAUGCCCAAGUCUGGCCUCGCCUUGCAAGAAUCGAAGCUCCGGAGCACGAAGGCAAGGCACCCAUGCUCUGCUUCCACUGAGAUGGCCCGCGGCCAGGCAGAAAAGUCCGCUGCCCCAGUCACGCCGAAGACUCGGCCCUCCAAGAAGCGCAAGGGUCAGCCAUCACAAGACGAGUCGGCUGUGAGGCCUCAAAGUUCGAACCACGGUCGCACCCGCGCGCGCAAAGUCAAGGACAAGCAGCUGGAAUUGCUGGGGAGGCUGGAGGCCGAGGCGUGGGAGAGGGAGCGGACGCUUGUGAGAUAA